CUGGCGGCCGGGCGCGAGGCCAGAGGCCGGCCCGCGGGUCAGGGGGAAGGGUUCCGGCCUCGGCCGAGAGCGGGGGGCUGGCCAGGACCGGCGGGAAGCCGGGCCAGGGGAGGAGGAAGAGAGUCUGGGCCGAGAUCAAAGGGGAAGCACGUGUGCGGAGCGGCGGCCGAAGCCGGAGCAGGACGCCGAGGUCGCAGCCUACAGUCCCCGCGGCCGCCCCCCGCCAGCACCGCCCGCCCCGCGCCCGCGGCCCCUCCCCGCGUCCCAGUCUCCUCCCCGAGGGCUCGGGGCCGGGCCGCCACUCCCUCCAGCUCCCGCCCUCGGCCGCGCGCAUCUCAUUCCAGCCCUCAUUCCUCACAUUCCAGGCUUCCUCCUUUCAAACCCCAGGCCGGGGGCGGGGAGGGCCCGCAGCUCCCGGCUCCGCCGUGCGGCCGCGUCCCCCAGCGCCCUCGCCGGCCUCCCGGGACCUCAGCGGAGCCGCGGCUGGAAGAGCGGCGCCGGGGCGGACUCCGCGGGACUGGCCCGGCGCGCCCGCCCACCUCCCCGCACCCUGGGACCGGUCCAACGGGCGCUCCUCCAAGCGGAGCCUUGGAGGGCACGGCCGGCACCAUUACCUCCAACGAGUGGAGCUCUCCCAACUCCCCCGAGGGGAGCAACGUCUCUGGGGGCAGCCAGGCCUUGGACAAGCCCAUCGACAAUGACGCGGAGGGCGUGUGGAGCCCCGACAUUGAGCAGAGCUUCCAGGAGGCGCUGGCCAUCUACCCGCCCUGCGGUCGGCGCAAGAUCAUCCUCUCAGACGAAGGCAAGAUGUACGGUCGGAAUGAGCUGAUCGCCCGCUACAUCAAGCUCCGGACAGGGAAGACCCGCACCAGGAAGCAGGUGUCCAGCCACAUCCAGGUGCUGGCUCGGCGAAAAGCCCGCGAGAUCCAGGCCAAGCUAAAGGAUCAGGCAGCUAAGGACAAGGCCCUGCAGAGCAUGGCUGCCAUGUCGUCCGCCCAGAUCAUCUCUGCCACAGCCUUCCACAGUAAAAUGGCCCUCACCCGGGGCCCAGGCUACCCGGCGGUCUCAGGGUUUUGGCAAGGAGCUUUGCCGGGCCACGCCGGAACGUCCCACGAUGUGAAACCUUUCUCUCAGCAAACCUACGCUGUCCAGCCGUCACUGCCUCUGCCAGGGUUCGAGUCUGCCGCAGGAGCCUCCCCGUCGCCCUCCGCGCCCCCAGCACCCCCGUGGCAGGGCCGCAGCGUGGCCAGCCCCAAGCUCUGGAUGUUGGAGUUCUCCGCCUUCCUGGAGCGGCAGCAAGACCCCGAUACGUACAAUAAGCACCUGUUCGUGCACAUCGGCCAGUCGAGCCCCAGCUACAGCGACCCCUACCUCGAAGCUGUGGACAUCCGCCAGAUUUACGACAAGUUCCCGGAGAGGAAGGGUGGUCUCAAGGAGCUCUUUGAACGGGGACCCUCCAACGCCUUUUUCCUCGUGAAGUUCUGGGCAGACCUCAACACCAACAUCGAGGAUGAGGGCAGCUCCUUCUACGGGGUGUCCAGCCAGUACGAGAGUCCCGAGAACAUGACCAUCACCUGCUCCACCAAGGUCUGCUCCUUUGGCAAGCAGGUGGUGGAGAAGGUGGAGACCGAGUACGCGCGCUACGAGAACGGCCACUACUCCUACCGCAUCCACCGCUCGCCGCUCUGCGAGUACAUGAUCAACUUCAUCCACAAGCUGAAGCACCUGCCCGAGAAGUACAUGAUGAACAGCGUGCUGGAGAACUUCACCAUCCUGCAGGUGGUCACCAACAGAGACACGCAGGAGACCCUGCUGUGCGUCGCGUACGUCUUCGAGGUGUCGGCCAGUGAGCACGGGGCUCAGCACCACAUCUACCGGCUGGUGAAGGAAUAAGAGACCGGGGAGCAGGGAGGGGGGCAAGACAUCGUGUGUGCAGGGACGUGGGGAGGGGACCCGCGGGGGCAGCCCCCCCAGAGCGCCAAGAGAGUUGCGGUCAUGACGCUUCUACCCAGGAACAAACUGCCUGAACCCGCAGUGCCUAAGCCCAAUAAACCCAAGAUCUGUGCGUCUUCA